UGUGGCCUCUGCUAGACACUUCCUGUCUCAGAGGUUUGACAGUUCUUUAUUCUGCAGAACUCAGUCUCCGUCUGUCUGCUGAUGUAGUCACAACUUUGCAUAUUUGAACCAGACCGUUUGAGUCAAAAUGAAGAUCGCAGCCUUCAAUGCAAAAAACCUGGGAUGGAAAAAAGUCACAAACAAGACGGUGGUCCACUACCUCACCAAGAUCAUGUCUCAGUACAGUGUGGUGGUGAUACUGGAGGUGAUGGAUAAGAGCGGUAAGGCCAUGCAGAAGUUACUUAAAGAGCUCAACAACAACAGCUCCAACAAAAACUGUCCCUACUCCAUGACCGCCAGCUCCCGACUGGGACGAGACACCUACAAGGAGCGCUUUGUUUGUUUCUACAGAGAGGAUGAUGUGAAACUGAAAGCAUGUCACCAGUAUGAAGAUAAUCAGGUUGGAGAUGUGGACGCCUUCGCCAGAGAGCCCUUCAUCCUGCGCUUCAGGUGUCCAUCUACAAAGGUGAAAGAUCUGGUUCUGAUCCCGGUCCACACCAAACCAAAGGACUCUUUGAAGGAGCUGGACGAGCUGCAUGACGUAGUUAAUGCUGUCAGGAAGAAGUGGAGGACUAAUAAAAUUAUGAUUUUAGGGGAUUUUAAUGCAGAUGGACGUUAUCUCUCCAAGAGGAAGAAGAAGAAGAUCCGCAUCUCCUCUGCUCCUUAUCACUGGCUGAUAAAGGAUGAUGUCGACACGACGACGAGCAACUGUAAUGACCACACCUACGACAGGAUUGUUGUGUACAGAAAGACCAUGCUUGACGCCGUCGUCCCCGGCUCGGCCAAGCCCUUUAACUUCCAGAAAGAGUUCAACCUGACGGAUGAACAAACUCUGAGUAUCAGUGACCACUACCCUGUGGAGGUGGAGCUGAGGACCAAUCAGAAAGCACCAGCACAAGAGCCGAUGGCUCUGCCCCGCACAACAAAGACAACAUCCAUCAAAAGACAAACUCAGAAGAAAGGAGCACAGAAGAAGAGGAGGGCCAAGCCUGCAGGAGCAGAGAAGAGGAAGAAGAUUGAGGCGGCAGGAGCAGACAAGAAGAAGAAGAAGCCUGAGGUGGCAGGAGCAGAGAAGAAGAAGACGAAGGCCAAGCCAGCAGGAGCAGAGAAGAAGAAGAAGACUGAGGCAGCAGGAGCAGAGAAGAAGAAGAAGGCUGAGGCAGCAGGAGCAGAGAAGAGGAAGAAGAUUGAGGCGGCAGGAGCAGACAAGAAGAAGAAGAAGCCUGAGGUGGCAGGAGCAGAGAAGAAGAAGACGAAGGCCAAGCCAGCAGGAGCAGAGAAGAAGAAGAAGACUGAGGCAGCAGGAGCAGAGAAGAAGAAGAAGGCUGAGGCAGCAGGAGCAGAGAAGAAGAAGAAGACUGAGCCAGCAGGAGCAGAGAAGAAGAAGAAGACUGAGGCAGCAGGAGCAGAGAAGAAGAAGGCUGAGGCAGCAGGAGCAGAGAAGAAGAAGAAGGCUGAGGCGGCAGGAGCAGAGAAGAAGAAGAAGGCUGAGGCGGCAGCAUUACAAAAAACAAAGAAUAUGACAGGAAAAAGGACGAGAGGACCGUCAUCAGACACACCAGCCAAAAGAAGACGUUUGGAAAAAUGUCAGUCAAACAGACUUUCAACAUCUUGCCUCACUCAAUAAUUUUAAAGUGAUUUUAGAAUCUGUCACUUUGACUGAUCAGGAUACUGUGAGUCAUAUUAUUUUCAUCAGCAGACAAAGAUAGUCUCCAGCUGUACACAUCACCAGCUUUGAACUGAUGAUUGACAUUCUUGAAUUUCUUUGUGUGUGCGUAAUGUCACAAGAACAACAAAAACCUUGCAUUAUAUAUGACAACUGUAUGUUAAUGUCAAAUGAUUUUAGAUAAUGUUCAAGUUUCACUCGUUAUAUUUUUAUGUUUUAUUUGCCCUCUAUAUAUUUUCACUCUUUCCAGCUUUGUUUUGCAGCUGCUGCACGACAGUUUAGCUCAGGAUAAAAAAAGUGUUAUCUUACAACCUUCGAGGUCUACGGACCGGAACUUUGUGUAUUUAAAUAAAGUUUAUUGCAA